AUGCUUCUCCGGAGUCUUUUCAUCUCUUCGCUCCUACCAUUGUCCACAGUCAGAGGUGCAGACCUACCAGUGAAGUCGACAAGGGACACAUCUUGUGUGAAUAGCGCAUCUGACAGAUCAUGUUGGAAGGAUGGCUAUGAUAUAUCCACCAACUACUACGAGGAGGUUCCCGAUACCGGUGUUGUCCGCGAGUAUUGGUUCAAUGUCGAAAAUACCACUGCCUCACCAGAUGGUGUUGAGAUGCCUGUUCAACUGAUUAAUGGCUCUUUCCCUGGACCUACAAUUAUUGCCGACUGGGGUGACACUGUUGUUGUGCACUUUAUGAAUUCACUGGAAAAUAAUGGCACCGGUCUUCACUUUCACGGGAUUCGUCAGAACUGGACAGAUGGAAUGGACGGUGUCCCGAGUAUCACACAAUGCCCUAUUGCUCCGGGCGAUUCCUUGACCUACCGCUGGCGUGCUGUUGAAUACGGUACUGGUUGGUACCAUUCGCACUUUUAUGUGCAGGCAUGGGACGGAGUAUUUGGUGGUAUCUUGGUCAACGGCCCUGCUACUGCAAACUAUGACGUUGAUCUUGGACAUCUCUUCUUGAAUGAUUGGUAUCACCAAACCGCCGACCAACUGGUUACUCAAGCGUCUACAGGUGGGCCGCCCACCGCACCCAAUGGUUUGAUCAAUGGAACGAAUACCUACGGUACAAACGGAUCACGAUUCGAGAUUACAUUUGAGCCUACCGUUAGAUACCGUCUGCGACUUGUCAAUGCCGCAGCAGACCAACAUUUCCGUUUCAUGGUUGACAGUCACCACCUUGAGGUUAUUGCGGCUGACUUUGUUCCAAUUCACCCGUAUAAUACUACUCAGCUAAGUAUUGGCAUGGGGCAGCGCUACGAUAUCAUCGUGACAGCAAAAAAUCUUACAAGCGGCAACUUUUGGCUACGUGCCAUUCCCCAAGAAGCCUGCUCUGAGACUGAUGCUGUUGACAACGUCAAGGGAAUCAUCCGCUACGACAGCACCUCUGCUAAAGAUCCUACUACCUUUGCCUACGGCUACACAGACUCUUGUGCUGAUGAAGCUUCUUCGGAUCUGGUUCCCUACCUGCCUAUCAAUGCCUCAGAAACCUACACAUAUGAUGCAUCGGAAAAGGUUGCUGUCGAGGUUACCGACAAUGCUUUGCUCUGGACUAUGAACAAGACUUCGUUCCGUACCCAGUGGGAGUAUCCAACUUUGCUCCAGGUUGCCGAGGGAAAUAAUACAUGGACCAACAAGCAGCGUGUCAUUCAUCUCCCAGAGGCUGACAAGUGGGCUUACAUGGUCAUUCACUCACCUUUUGCCCAGGACCACCCAAUGCAUCUUCACGGCCACGACUUCUGGGUCUUGGGGUCCGGAUAUGGCGAGUUUGACUCCUCGAACCCGGACGCUCUCACGUUGGUCAAUGCCCCUCGACGUGAUGUCGCAAUGAUGCCGGCUAGUGGCUACUUGGUUAUUGCAAUUAAGACUAAUAAUCCUGGUGCUUGGCUCAUGCACUGCCACAUCGCUUGGCACACAUCGGAGGGCUUCGCCGUCCAGAUUCUCGAGCGUCAAUCUGAGAUUGAGACUGACUACGCUCAACUGAAUUCUACGUGUUCCAAUUGGUCAAAAUAUGUACAUGGUGAUGAUGUGACCCAGUAUGAUUCUGGCGUCUAA